AUGUCUCUCAAUAUCCUUGUCGUGGGUAACGGUGGUCGUGAACACGCUCUUAUCUGGAAGUUAUCCCAAUCAAAAUUGGUUAAUCAUAUCUAUGUCGCCCCAGGUAAUGGUGGUACUGAUUUAUUCCCAAAUGUUACCAAUAUAAAUAUUGGUUCAUCUAAAAAGGAAUUCCCUGAAUUAGCUAACUUCGCUCAAGAAAAUGAUAUUGGUUUAGUUGUUCCAGGUCCUGAACAACCUUUAGUUGAAGGUAUUACUACUGUUUUCACCAAGAUUGGUAUACCAGUUUUCGGUCCUUCAGAAAAAGCUGCUGUAUUAGAAGGUUCAAAAGCUUUUUCCAAAGAUUUUAUGGCAAAACAUAAUAUUCCAACUGCUGAAUAUAAGAAUUUCAAAGAUUUUGAAUCUGCUAAAGCUUAUAUUCAAAGUGUUUCUCAUAAUGUUGUUAUUAAAGCUGAUGGUUUAGCUGCUGGUAAAGGUGUUUUGAUCCCACAAACUAAACAAGAAGCUAUUGAUGCUUUAACUCAAGUCAUUGUUGAUAAAGAAUUUGGUGAUGCUGGUAAUGAAGUUGUUGUGGAAGAAUUCUUAGAAGGUGAUGAAAUUUCAAUCUUAACUAUUGCUGAUGGUUAUUCUUGGUUUAAUUUACCUCCUGCUCAAGAUCAUAAACGUAUUGGUGAUGGUGAUUCAGGUUUAAACACUGGUGGUAUGGGUGCUUAUGCUCCAGCUCCAGUUGCCACUGCUCAAUUACAAAAACAAAUUGAUGAAACUAUUAUUAAACCAUCAAUUGAAGGUUUUAGAAAAGAUGGUUUCCCUUUCAAAGGUGUUCUUUUCACAGGUAUUAUAAUUACAGCUACUGGUCCAAAAGUUUUAGAAUAUAAUGUUAGAUUUGGUGAUCCAGAAACUCAAACCGUUUUACCAUUAUUAACUGAUGAUACUGAUUUAGCUGAAGUUAUGCUUGCUGCUGCUGAAGGUAGAUUAGAUUCAGUUAAAAUUGAUGUUAAAAAGGAUCAAUUUGCAACAACUGUUGUUAUGUCAGCUGGUGGUUAUCCAGAAUCUUAUAAAAAAGGUGAUGAAAUUAUAGUGGAGGAAAAUUCAGAUUCAUUAGUUUUCCAUGCUGGUACUACAAAGAAAGAUGGUAAAAUCUUAACAAAUGGUGGUAGAGUUAUUGCAUCAACUGCUUCAGCUUCAAAUUUAAAAGAUGCCGUUGCUAAAGCUUAUGCAGGUGUUGAAAAAAUUAAUUUCGAAGGUAAAUAUAAUCGUAAAGAUAUUGCUCAUAGAGCUUUUAGAGAUGCUGAUUCUAAAGCAAAUGGUAUUACAUAUGCAGCUGCAGGUGUUUCAGUUGAUAAUGGUAAUUUAUUAGUGGAAAAUAUUAAAAAAAAUGUUAAAUCCACUAAAAGACCAGGUGCUGAUUCUGAUAUUGGUGGAUUUGGUGGUAUUUUUGAUUUAAAAGCUGCUGGUUAUAAAAACACUGAUGAUACAUUAUUAGUUGCUGCAACUGAUGGUGUUGGUACAAAAUUAAGAAUUGCACAAAUUUUAAAUAUUCAUGAUACUGUGGGGAUUGAUUUAGUUGCAAUGAAUGUUAAUGAUUUAGUUGUUCAAGGUGCUGAACCUUUAAUCUUUUUAGAUUAUUUCGCAACUGGUAAAUUAGAUAUUAAAGUUGCUGCUGAUUUCGUUAAAGGUGUUGCUGAUGGUUGUAUUCAAGCUGGUUGUGCCUUAGUUGGUGGUGAAACUUCUGAAAUGCCUGGUAUGUAUGAACCAGGUCAUUAUGAUACAAAUGGUACUGCUGUUGGUGCUGUAUUGAAAAAUAAAAUCUUACCAGCUGUUGAUCGUAUGUCAAAAGGUAAUGUUUUAUUAGGUUUAAAAUCUGAUGGUGUUCAUUCAAAUGGGUUCUCAUUAGUUCGUAAAAUUAUUGAAACUUAUGGUUAUUCUUAUACCGAUUCUGCUCCAUGGAAACCUGAAAGUACAAUUGGUAAAGAAGUAUUAACACCAACAAGAAUUUAUGUUAAACAAUUAUUAAAACCAAUUCAAAAAGAUUUACUUUUAGGUCUUGCACAUAUUACAGGUGGUGGUUUAGUUGAAAAUAUUCCAAGAGCUUUACCAUCUCAUUUAAGUGCAAAAGUUGAUUUAAAAUCUUUCGAAAUUCCAGAAAUUUUCAAAUGGUUUGGUAAAACUGCAAAUGUUCCAAUUAAAGAUUUAUUGAAAACUUUUAACUUGGGUAUUGGUAUGGUUGCCAUUGUUGAAAAGGAAAAUGUUGAUCAAGUUAAAUCUUUAUUAGAAGAAGCUGGUGAAACUGUUUAUCAAAUUGGUGAAUUAAUUGAAAGAGGUGAUGAUGCUGGUACUAUUGUUGAAAACUCUGAAGGUUUAUAUUAG